AUGGAAAGACGUGGCUCCCACUCUCACCCUAUACCUUUGCCUGUCCCCAGUAUCCUGGGACAUCUUCCUGCCCCCUCCAGACUGAGACCAGCCCCUACAGCCCCCACUCUGCCUUCACCACAGCUUUCCUUUUCAUCUGGUGUCUGGUCUUCCCAGCACCCACCUACCCGCCCUCUUAGGGAGGUGCCGCAUGGCAGCCCGCCCCCUUCACACUGGUUUCCUCAGGAAAGGCCUUGGAAGGAAGCAGGGAGGGGGGAUGGGAGCCGUGGGGGCCAGACUAACAGGAGCCCUCUCGCUGGACUGGCCGCCAUGGGACUGAGGCUGCUCCCACUGUUGCUGCUCUGGACACAGGGGACCCAAGGGUCCAAGCUGGACCCCAAUGGACAACAUGUCUGCAUGGCCAGCAGCCCCUCUGCUGAGCUCCAGUGCUGCCCAGGCUGGAGGCAGAAAGAUCAAGAAUGCACUAUCCCCAUAUGUGAGGGGCCAGAUGCCUGCCAGGAAGAUGAAGUAUGUGUGAAACCGGGCCUCUGUCGAUGCAAACCUGGAUUCUUCGGGGCCCAAUGCAACUCCCGCUGCCCGGGCCAGUACUGGGGCCCCGACUGCCGUGAGGUCUGUGCCUGCCACCCCCAUGGCCAGUGCGAGCCGGCCACGGGCGUGUGUCACUGCCAAGCGGACCGCUGGGGCGGCCGUUGCGAGUUCGCGUGCACCUGCGGGCCCCACGGGCGCUGCGACCCCGCGACGGGCGCGUGCCGCUGCGAGCCCGGCUGGUGGUCGCCCACCUGCCGCCGUCCGUGCCAGUGCAACCCUGCGGCGGCGCGCUGCGAUCAAACCGACGGCUCCUGCCGCUGCGAGCCGGGCUGGUGGGGCCGCCGCUGCAGCUUCCGCUGCGCCUGCCACGGCUCGCCGUGCGCGCAGGAGAGCGGCCGCUGCGCCUGCCGGCCCGGCUGGUGGGGCCCCGAGUGCCGGCUGCCGUGCGAGUGCGUGCGUGGCCGCUGCAGCGCCGCCUCCGGCCAGUGCGCCUGCCCGCCCGGCUUCCGCGGGGCCCGCUGCGAGCUGCCCUGCCGCGCCGGCAGCUACGGGCCCCACUGCCGCGACAGCUGUGGCCACUGCAAGCAGAAGGAGCCAUGCUCUGCAGACACAGGCAGCUGUGAGUCCUGUGAGCCAGGCUGGAAUGGGACCCAGUGCCAUCAGCCCUGCCCACCUGGCACCUUUGGCGAGAACUGCCGGCAGCAGUGCCCCCACUGCCAGCGUGGGGAGGCCUGUCAGCCAGACACUGGGCACUGCUGGCGUUGUGAUCCUGGGUGGCUGGGGCCCAGGUGUGAAGACCCCUGCCCGAUUGGCACCUUUGGGGAGGGCUGUAGCUCUACCUGCCCCACCUGUGUUCAAGGGUCCUGUGAUGCUGUGACUGGGGAGUGUGUCUGCAACACUGGCUACUGGGGACCCAGCUGCAACACUUCAUGCCCAUCUGGCUUCUAUGGCAACAACUGUUCUAUUCCUUGUGAAUGCCCAGAGGGACCCUGCAAUUCUGUCUCUGGGACCUGCCAGCUGGGGCCUCAUGGUCAGGAUGCCACCCUCAUCGCAGGCAUCCUUGUGCCUCUGCUGCUGCUCCUCCUGGGCAUCAUCUUCUGUGCCUGCUGCUGCUGGGCUGCCCGGUUGGACCCUAAGGACAGGCCAGCAAGUGACAGAGCUGCUAUGUCCAGGAUGAAGCUGCAGGUCUGGGGAGCACUGAGCAGCCUUGGCUCGGCGUUGCCCUGUGGUUCCUUUGGCAGCCACAAGCUUCCCUGGGUGACAGUCUCACACCACGACCCGGAGAUCCCCUUCAACCACAGCUUCAUUGAGCCGCCCUCUGCAGGCUGGGCCUCAGACGACUCCUUCUCUUCUGAUCCUGAGUCUGGAGAGGACGAGAGCCCUGCCUACUGCAUGCCACCCCAAGAAGGGAUGGUCACUGUGGCCCACGGAGAGUUUCCAGAGGCCAGCCUGCCUGAAGGUCCCGUCCCUCCUCCCGAGGACGCCUCCACACCAUUUCCCAUCCCGCGGACUUCCAGCCUAGCACGGGCCAAGCGGCCAUCAGUCUCCUUUGCCGAAGGCACGAAGUUUGCACCACAGAGUCGCCGAAGCUCAGGGGAGAUCUCCAGUCCUCUCCGAAAGCCCAAGCGGCUCCCCCGGGGGGCCCAGCUGGGUCCUGAAAGCCAGGAGGCUGAGGAGUCCAUGGGCUCAGAGAAAGCAGAAAUGGAUGAGACCCUUCCUGGUGCUGCCAGCCCCAGGGAUUCAGCCACUGGCCGCCGCCGCCUCCCCACCCUUGGUGGCUGGACAGUGGCUGAGCGAGUGGAAGCCAUUGAGGGCAGUGUCCUUGAGGGCUCAGGCUCUGUGACCACGAUCUAUAUGUUGGCAGGGACACCCCAGUUAUCUGAGGGACCUGUCCGGUCUGUUCUCCGACGUUUUGGUAGCUUCCAGAAAGGCCAGGCAGAGCCCAAGGUCAAGAGUGCCAUUCCUAAGCCUCCACGCCGGGCCCUUAGUCGAAAUAAGGGCAGCCCCGGGCUGGCCUCUGGCUCUGCCAUUCAGAGUCCCAGCUUAGCCCUGAAUGAUGAGCUCACUAGGCCCUUGGAGUCUGCUGGAACUGGGCCAGAGGAAGUGGCCAGGGGGCUAGGGGAUGGCAGCAAGAACUCAGGGAGGGCCCAGGAGCUGGCCCCUGAGGGUGGCUCCCAAGAGCAGGAUCCCCAGAAGCUGGCGGAUGAGGAAGGGCAGGAGGAACCCCAGUAUGAGAAUGUUGCACCCAUCUCUGGGCCACCAGCACCCUGAGAACCUAAAUUUGGGGAGUGGGAAGUAUAUGGAUGGAGGGUAGGCAUCUGAACUGCCCCUGGAUCAGAUCGUGUUUUGCUGGAAAAAUAUCUCAGGGCCAGGAAAGACAUACUGGAGCCUCUGCCCUUUGAUAGGGAACUGUCAGAGUGGAGGCCAGUUGGCUCUGGGCCCUGGCAGUGCUCUGGGAGAGGUCUGGGAGGCCUGGGCAGAGACCCCACAGGGCAGGGUCAGGAAGGGGAAAAAGGUGACUGCAGGGACUUUUUCUCUGUUGUUCUGGACUCUUUGGGCUCAAAGCCUAUUCUUUUCUUCAUUGGCAAAACAUUUUUCUGAAAUGGGAAACAACCUAAAUGUUUGAUGAUAAAAGAUCGGUUAAAGAAAGAUUGCUUAUGAUAGGUUCCUAAACAGCCACGAAAAAUCAUAUUGUGUAAGAGUAUUUAAUACGGGAAAUAUGGGAGACUGUUUAUGCAAUCAUGGGAAGUGUAAAAAAUAAGAGGUCUUUUUAUAAAUUUCAUUUCUUUUUGCCUCAGGCUCCAUGUUUAGAAUCUUAUUUUGUGUGUAUUUUGUGAUUUACAGACUUUUUUUUUUUUUAAGAUGUAUGUGCAUAAAAAAGAUUUGAGGGAGGGACUCCUGGGUGGCUCAGCAGUUUAGCACCUGCCUUUGGCCCAGGGCGUGAUCCUGGAGUCCUGGGGUGGAGUCCCAUGUCAGGCUUCCUGCAUGGAGCCUGCUUCUCCCUCGGCCUGUGUCUCUGUGCCUCUGUGUGUAUGUCUCAUGAAAAAAUAAGUAAAAUCUUUAAAAAAAAAAAAAAAGAUUUGAGGGAAAGGUAUUUUUUCUUCUGAGAGAUGAGAUUGUGGCUGAUAUUUUCUUCUUAAACUUUUGUAUUGUUUUAAAAUUUUCUUUAGUGAGGUCAGCAUUCUUUUUACUUUUCUCACUAGAUUUAAUAAAACAAAUUUUAAAAACAAUGUUCUUUGCUAAUAAUAAGAAAGUACUAACAUUAUAGACAUGUAUAAAGUAAAAAAAAGAUUUCCUCUUUCCCCAGGGGAGCCUGAGGGACAGGGGAGGGACCAUUGUCACUGAAUGCCUUUUGGUCUUGCUCUGAAUUAUUUUCUCACAUGUUGAAUUACCUAGUCAGGACAGAAACAGCAGCUUCCUCUUCUAUCCCAGUGCUCAGAGUCUUGUGAACACUUUAGAUCCUUCCUUUCAGAUGUUUUUCUGGGCACAUGAAAACAAAAGAUCAUAUCACUGUACAACUUGCUUUUUUACUUAAUAUAUCCUGGAUGUCUUUUGAUGUUCAGUAAAUAUAAAACUACCUCUUUUUAUAAAAAACGGCUGCAUGGAAUUUCAUCAUGUAGAAAUAACACAGGUUAUUUAAGCCUAUCCCUUACCCAUGGAGAUUUGGGUUGUUUCUAAUCAUUUUGAUACAAUAAAUGAUGCAGUGUACUAUUCUGUCCAUAUUUCUUUUUGCACUUGUGCAAGUUUUUCUGUAGAAGAGAUUCCUAGAAGUGGAAUUGCUGGGUAAUAGGAUAAGACAUUAAAUAUUUGGGUACUUUGGGCAGCCCAGGUGGCUAAGCGGUUUAGCGGUGCCUUCAGCCCAAGGUGUGAUCCUGGAGACCCUGGUCCCACGUUGGGCUCCCUGCAUGGAGCCUGCUUCUCCCUCUGCCUGUGUCUCUCAUGAAUAGAUAAAUAAAAUCUUAAAAAAAAAAAAAAAAAGAUUUGGGGACUUCAAAUUGCCCUUCAAAAAAGUUACAUGGUUUUGUAUUCUCACAAAUGAGGGCAAGAUCUAUUUCCCCACACCCAGUCUGAUAGGAUGAAAUGGUAUUUCAUUAUUUUAGUACAAGAAAAAUAAUAUGCUAAAGUUUCUUAAAAAGUUAAAAUCUUUGUGCCGGUAAAAUGGUUUUUUGCUUUUAACCAUCAAAAAUUAUACCAUUAAAAUGGGAAUUUCUAUAAUGA